AUGGGUAUCUCAAAUGCUCUGCAAUGGUGGGAGGAGUGGCAGCUCCGGGUUCUUCUCUUGGGCAGCCUCGCUUUCCAGUACUUCCUUUUCAUUACAGCCUCCCGGCAUAAGUUUCCUAUCCGAUCCUACCUCAGAUCCUUUAUCUGGUUUGUAUACCUCGGUAGCGAUGCCCUAGCAAUAUAUGCCCUUGCAACCCUAUUUAACCGUCACAAGAAACAGGAUGUUGGUCACACACACAACAACGAUGUCUUAGAGAUUCUUUGGGCUCCUAUCCUACUGAUUCACCUUGGUGGACAGGAUAGCAUAACUGCCUACAAUAUUGAAGACAAUGAGCUGUGGAUGCGACAUGUUCUCACGGCACUGUCCCAGAUCACCGUAGCCAUCUAUGUCUUUUGCAAAUCAUGGCCAGGAGGGGACAGGAGAUUGUUGCAGUCGGCAAUCUUGCUCUUCGUGCCUGGGAUUCUCAAAUGCUUGGAGAAGCCCUGGGCUCUCAAUAGAGCUAGCAUCAAUAGCCUGGUGAGUUUUGACGAGAAAGUCCGUAGGACGAUUAACAGGCAAGGCAAGCAGAUUGAUUCGAUCGAAGAUUUUGUGCGAAGUGCAAGGGGAUUUUUUUGUGGAAAUGAUCAUCUGGAGAAACCAAGUAGAUCAGCGGACUUUACACCUGAUGAGUUAUUUGUAGACCUUGCAUCUCCUUGUACUGAUAAUCGCGUAAGAAAACUAAUGUCAUUCUCAGCACUUUGUGGAGACGAAGCAUAUUAUUUGUUACAGAACAACCUGUCCGACACCUUUGAUCUACUCUAUACAAAAGAAAAGAUGUCCCUUAAAACUCCCCCUACCGAAGAACUUGAGACUGGCCUUCAUCAUUUUGUUGAAUUAUACAAACAGUUGAAUUAUACCCUAUUUAGCUCUCUCAGUGAAUUUUUUGGUACUGUAAUACGUGAAUUAGCAAUGUUUCUACCAUUUACGGCCAUCGGCCUAUUUCACCAGAGUAACAGAAAAUCUUAUAAUGAUAAAGAUGUCAAGGUUACUUAUGCAUUGCUCUGCUGUACUGCUGUCAUAGAGUUUUACAACCCUUUUGUAAAGGGAUUAGGCUGGAGCUUAGAGGGAGCUUUCGAUGAGAGUGUCCUUCUCUGGCAUCUCGCCACGGAUUUGUGCUUCUACCAUAUCAGUCCAUCUCAUGGCCGUGAACAUGCCACAACAAUGUGCAUAGAGCGAUCCUCUGGCCUCAAUAAUCGGUGCCCUACUUGGUGCGAAAAAUCUAUUCACCAUAAAAAUGCUGUUCAGUGCCGAGAAAUGUCGAAUUACAUGACGUACCUACUGUUUGUCAAUCCUGAGAUGUUGAUGCCAGGCACAAGGCGAAACCUAUUCACAGACGCCUACAACGAACUGAAGGGUGUCGUCAAGGAAAAGAAUCCACCACUGGAUGAAAGAGAACUUGCAGAGAGAAUAAUCGCCGAGGUGCAGCAACAACUCGAGGAGAUAACUGGGGAAGAUAAGUCACCAUCCAGUAAAAGAGGGCUCAUUGAAGAUGCUUGGUCCAUUGCUGAAGAGCUCCUGAAGUUAGAAGAUGACGAGAAGAUGUGGAGAGUGAUUGAAGGCGUAUGGGUGGAGAUGCUUUGCUUUUCUGCUGCCAGAUGCCGAGGGUACUUGCAUGCUAAGGGCCUCGGUACAGGCGUGGAGUUCCUGAGCUAUGUUUGGCUACUCUUGCAUUACAUGGGGAUGGAGACCUUGGCAGAGAAGCUGGCAAGAGGAGACCUCCAAAACAGAGGACACUCAGGUAAUUUGCGGACAUUCCAUGUUAGAGAGUCCUCUGGUGAAGAGCAGGUUGCUGGACCAUCGACUUCUUAUGCUAACGGAGACAACGGUGAUCAACAUGUUGUUGCUCCAUUCUCUGAGGAUGGCUUUACCUUGGCUGGGGAUGAAAAUGUGUGACGUGAUACUUACAAGAUCACUUAGUUCCUGUUUGUUGCUCUUUUUUUUUUUGUUUUGCUCCUGCAUGUGUGUUUCAGCUUUUCUUGCGAUUUAAUAUUACCAGUGUCAUGCAACUGAUUUUUCA